AUGGGCUGCGGCGCAAGCUUGCCGACGGCGGCGGAGUUCCUGUCGGAGUUCCCGCUGCCCGCGGCGCAGUACGGUGACCUGGCCACCACCGAUAAGGUCGUGGUGCUCAAAGUGAAGCAGAAGCUCUUCUCGAUCCGUGGAGACUUCAUUGUCAAGGACGCCGAGGGCACGCCGUUCUGCAAGGUCAUCGGCAUAUUCGCAUCAAUGCGGCAGCGCUGCGUCAUCAAGGACAUGAACGACCAGCCUGUCGCGUGUGUGCUCGAGAAGGUCAUGUCCAUGUCGCCGGCGAUGUUCAUCUAUGGCUUCAAGCCGUACUUCGAGGGACAGCAGCCAACCGGAGAGACGCAGAACGAGCUGCCUCUGUACGCGUGGGCCAAGGUGUGGAAGCCGAUAAAAAGCCUGACGCCGAUGCUCUGCAUCCAGAUGGCCAACGGCAACGACAGCUACACGGAGGCAAGCUUCGAGACGACCGACUUCAAGGCGAAGGCACCGAGCAUGCUCGCGCCGCGCCUCUCCGUGUGCAAGGGCGCCGAGUUUGGGACGAACUUCGAGGGCAUGAACGUGUACGACGUCACGGUCGCCAAGGGCAUCGACCCGAUCCUCAUGGAGACCAAGGCGGUGCCACGGCGCCGCUACCACCCGCCCAAACUUACGCCGGCGGCGGAGCUGCUGGAUCUUUCGGAGUUCUCGUCUACCAGCGAGUUCUUACAGCAGGCGCAGCGGCGGUACACCGUCGGCGUACACCAUCGCAACUGGCUCGCCCUCGCCGACGCCUUCGUCAGCGAGGCAUCCCGGCAGGGCGGCCGCUACAAGACUGGCAGGUGCAAGAACCACAAGUGCUGGCGCGAGGCGAUUCGGUUCGUCGCAGUCAGCCAGGAGGGGGCUGGCGCCUUCCUGAAUGCGAUCCCCAUGCGGGAUGAUAUGAAGAUGGAGACGUGGGCGAUGCGCAUGACAGUUCAGCGCCGCCUCGGCCUCCCGCUCGAUGUUGCCUGCCAGGCGGUGGAGGCGGGCAAGAAGGCGCCAAACGGCAAGCCGCACGAAGAACUCGGCGAUGCCGCAAUGGUCAACCCGCGUGCGAAGCACGCGACACGACACAAAUACCUGCUCAAACGACUCGUCAAGACCCUUCGCUCGGCGUGGGGCAUGCUCAUCGAGAUGGAGCCGACUGCACACCUCAGUUACAGUAACCCUAAACAACCUGACGUGGCGGCGGCGAACAUCGGCAAAGGGCAUGUGCGCCUCGUUGGCGACUUGAAACUGACGAGCUCGCUUGCGUGCAAGGGUGGCGAUCGGCUCGGCUGGAAGGGGGCUUUUGUCGCCUUCGGCAACACCGAGCGGGCGCUGCUCGACUUAGUGUUAGGGCAUGCUGCAUGGCCGCGGCCGGGAGGGGGGGGGGAGGGGGGGAGGGAGGCGGAGGAUGCAGAGGCGGAGGCGGCGGCGGCGGAAGAGGAGGAGGGGGAGAGUGAGGGGGAGGCGGAGGCGGGGGCACCUGUGACGGCCCGCUACGAGAAGGGCGAGUACCGGUUCGCGCGGGAGAAGAAUUGCGACCUGCGUUUGCUCGACUUCGAGACGUUCGGCGGCUUCGGGGACGGCGUCCGCAGAAUUCUUCGGCAGGCGGCGGACCAGCUGAGUAACAAACUUUCGCACGCUCAGCACCUCGAUGAGGUCACAUGGACCACCAAGAACUGGCACGGGCUGCAGAUGCAGCGCUUGUCUGUCGUUCUCCACACCGCCGUGGCGUGGCAGACGGCCUCCUUCACCGACGACGACGACGUCGACGUCGACGACGAGCCAGCGCCCGACCUUUCCGACGGCGACGAGGCGGAGGACAACCCUUCCCGGAGGCGCUCCGUUGCAGAGCGACUCAAGCGACUGCAAACGAGCUACCCGCACGACCGCGACCGCACACGCGAGUGGCUUCUCGAGCGCGUGGGCGACGCGGAGGCCCGCAUCGCAGCCGCCACCACCGCCUCUCUCUCGCAGCCGAGAAGCCUCAAGUGCUCUCUCCAUUCGUACCAACUCGACGGCUUUCGCUGGCUGGUGGCGCUGCACCGGUGCGGCCUCUCCGGCAUCCUCGCCGACGAGAUGGGGCUCGGGAAGACGGCGCAGGCGAUCGCUCUCCUCGCGCACCUCCGCGAGAGCGGCGGCGGCGGCGGCGGCCCCUUCCUCGUCAUCGCGCCGUUGUCGACCUUGUCUGGCUGGGCGCUGCAGCUCUCGUCCUUCUGCCCGGCGCUCUCCUUCCUGCAGUACACCGGCGCCGCAGCCGACCGCGCCGCCGCCCGCCGCCGCCUCUCCGCCGCCUCGCCUCCCGACAUCGUCCUCGCCUCCUUCGAGCCGGUGCUCGCAGAUGCGCCCGAGCUGCGCGCCGUGGCGUGGAGCUUCGCCGUGAUAGACGAGGCGCGCCGGCUCCAACAAACCUCGUCCCGACACGCGCACCGGCUCAAGAACCGCGCCUCCUCCCUCUACCACUGCCUGCUAGACGAGCUCGGCCUCGGAGGCGUGCCUCGCCUGCUGCUGGCCUGGCUCGAGGAGGGCCUCGCGCCGGGCGGCGACGGCGCGGCCGCGGCGCAACGGCUGUGGCGGCCGCUGAUGCUGCGGCGCCGCAAGGCGGAGCACUUGAGUCUUCCGCCAAAGGUGGAGCGGAGCGUGCGCGUGCCGCUCCGCCCGCUGCAGCGGCGGUGGUACCGCGCGCUGCUGGAGAAGAAUGCGAGCAACGCCCGCUCGCUCGUCAACGUGCUCGCCUCGUUGCGCAAGUGCUGCAACCACCCGUACUUGUUCCCGGGCGCAGAGCCGGAGCCGUUCGAGGAGGGCGAGCACAUUGUGGCAGCCUCGGCCAAGCUGCUGCUGCUCGACCGGCUGCUGCGCAAGAUGAAGCCGCGCGGCGACCGGGUCCUCCUCUUCUGCCAGAGCACGCAGAUGCUCGACGUGCUGCAGGACUACUUCCACCUCCGCCGCUGGAGCUACGAGCGACUCGACGGCUCCGCGCGCGCAGAGGAGCGGUGGGCGGCGGAGCGGUGGGCGGCGGUGGCAAGCUUCCAGCGGCAGCCGGGAGGAGGAGGAGGCGGCGGCAGCAGCGGCAGCGGCGGCAUCACGGAGCCGUUUGUCUUCCUGCUCUCGACCCGAGCAGGCGGACUGGGCCUCAACCUCACCGCCGCCAACGUCGUCCUCUUCUACGACCACGACUGGAACCCGCAGGCCGACUCGCAAGCCACCGACCGGGUGGAGGAGGUGAUCUUGCGCCGCGCGCACGCGAAGCUGCUCGCGUCGCGCGGCGUCUUGGCCGAGGAGGAGGAGGAGGAGGAGGAGGAGGAGGGCGGGGCGGGGAGGCCUUCGGGCGCGCCGAGCGGCCCAGGCGGCCCGACUGACGCGCAGCUCGACUGGCUUGUGAGCGGCGAGAAGAGCGGCGCCAGCGGCAGCGGCGGCGCUGGCGGCUCCGAAUGCGACUCGAUCUACGUCUUCGACGGUGUAGACUUCGCAGGCAGCGCUGCGCGGCGGCGCGCCGAGGACACCAAGGCGCUGACCGCUCUCGUCGCGGCGACAGAGGCGCGGACGCAGCUUGCGGGAGGAGGAGGCGGAGGUGGCGACGCGGGCCGUGGGCGGCGGCUUGGGCCUCAUAGGACCGGUGAGGAGGCUGCAGCGGAGCGGGCGAAGCAGGAGGCGGAGAGGGCGGCGGCGAAGCGCGAGAGGGCGAAGCAGCGCAAGGAGCAGCGGUGGCGCAAGGCGGGCUACAUUUCCCUUUCGCUGCCCGAUCCGACUAGCCUUGCCGGCGCCGCUUCUGCCUCUGGCGGCAGCGCAGUGGCAGCGGCGGCCUCCUCUCCCGACGAAGCUGCGGACGACUCUGACGCCACCGACGGAGAGGAGGCGCCGCUUCGCUUCGCAGUCGGCGACGCGAUGCGCGGCGGAGGCGGCGGAGGCGAGCGGAUCGUCCUCGUCUUUGCGGACGCGUCUGGCCGCUGGCCGGGCAAGGGAUUCUUCCGCUCCGCGGCCUACGAGGCGGCGCACGAGAACGGCGACCUCUCUCUCGGCGACGCGCACCUCGUCGAGUGCGGCAGCGGCCUCGCGGUCUGCCUGCUGGUGGUGCUCAAGAGGGACAAGCGCGCGCCGCAUGGCACGCCGCCAGACCUCUGCGCCGCCUCGCUCGACGCCGCCCUCGCCCGGCUGGCUCCGGUGGCAGCGCGGCGUGGAGCCAGCCUCCACUCCCCGCGCCUCCCCAGCGGCGGCGGUGGCGGCGCUUGGUAUUCGGUCGAGAGGCUGCUGCGGAAGCACGCGGCCGUACAGACGACCGUGUACUACUUCAAGCGGUGA